GGGGGCGGAGGCGCUUAGUUGAAACCGAUCAUAUGGCUUUUGUAUGGUUGUUGUUGUUGUUUCUGAUCAUUGUCCCCACAUUGACAGUGACAGCCCAUUCCUGCUCACAUCGCAUACCCGCCGAGCAUGAGGUUGUACAUGGUGUUCACUUAGAAGAGGAGCAUGUGAUCAGGAAGAGAAGUGCAGACCAGCCGUUGAGGAUUUACCUUCAUUAUGACCACAGUGUUGAUGAUCUGACUUCUGUGCAAAGAGAUGUUCUAAAGAGAAAUGUACUUCCAACAGCUGUCAACUACUGGGAAAGCACACUCAAAGUUCGUCAGAACCGCGCCCCUAUCAAAUUACAAAGAAAGUGUAUCCAGGGUAAGGUUCAGUACCACACAGUGUGGUCAAUGGACAGACAGGUGAGCCAGACACCAUACUGUGUACUGUCCUGUGUGGCCAACACCAUGUGUGGAGAAGUCAUUAUCCCGCAAGAACACCUUGAGGCGUGUUACACUUGUUCGGGCAGUGUGCUUUGUGAGAAGAAAGGCAUUACCGGACCUGGUGUGCACAACACAGACUUUAUCCUCUACAUCUCAGCUGUCCAGUCUGAUCGCUGCCACCUGGGCUCUACUGUGGCUUAUGCAGCUCACUGUCAGCUGGAACAUGCCCUUGACAGACCUGUGGCUGGGUACAUCAACAUUUGCCCCGGGACUUUAUCUACCACUGCACACGAUCUCCAUCAGACUAUCUCCACUGUUAAACAUGAAAUUCUACAUGCUCUGGGGUUUACAGCUGGUCUGUAUGCAUUCUACAGAGAUCCUUUAGGAAAUCCUUUAACUCCAAGAAGAGGACCCACAAACAAACCCAUCUUCAAUGAAACUAUGGGUGUGCACAUGUGGAGUGAGAAGGUUGUCAAGGCUAUCACCAGGCCUAUGUGGAUGGUGGCAUCUGGAAACAUCCCCAAACAGGUUCAUCUCCUCGUCACUCCCCGAGUUGUGGAAGAAACCCGGCGACACUUUAACUGCUCAACUCUGGAAGGAGCCGAGCUAGAAGACCAGGGCAUUCUGGGAACGACACUUACCCACUGGGAAAAACGGGUGUUUGAAAAUGAGGCUAUGACUGGGACCUACACUCAGAACCCAGUCUUCUCCAGGAUCACAUUAGCAUUGAUGGAGGAUACAGGAUGGUACAGAGUGAACUAUGAUAAUGCUGAAGAGUUGUUGUGGGGUAAAAACCUUGGCUGUGAUUUUGUGAAGAAGAGCUGUAUGGAGUGGAUGGUCAGGCGAAAGGAAAUGAAGGAGAGCUUGCACCCUUACUGUGAUAAUCCAAAGGAGGGUUUGCUUCUCACAGAGUGCUCUAUGAACAGGGAAUCUGUGGCCUUGUGUAAUCUGGUGGAGUACCCUCCCAGUAGACCCAUUCCUAGGCAGUUUCAGUACUUCCGUGACAUCCCUUCCAUCCCGGGGAGCGACCCUCGGGACUUUGGUGGGUCCGUGUUCCUGGCGGAUUACUGUCCCUUUAUACAGGACUUUACGUGGAAGUCUGGAGAUAUGGCACUAAGAACCUCCAAGUGUACUGAUCCUGCUAAUAACAUAGAGCCAAAAUUAAACUACCUGCUGGAAAAAUAUGGUGCAAAGUCUGCUUGCUUUAACCAUGCUGGUUUCUUCGUGCUGAAGCAUUGUCAUGAGAGCACUAGUCCCCAGCAUGGAGGCAGUGGCUGUUAUCAGUAUACCUGCCGUAAUGGCACUGGCCUAUCUCUGCAAGUUGCCAGCAGAUCCUACCUAUGUAGUUACAUGGGCCAGAAAGUCAAGGUGUUUGGUACUUCAAAAAGCUGGCUUCAUCAAGGGGAGAUAAUCUGUCCGUCAUGUGCCGAAUUAUGCAGUAAACAUGAUGUGGUGUGUCCAGCAGAGAGUGAACAGUCUGCCCACCCAACUUCCCCACUGGUAUUACCAGAUGCCCCAUGUUUCGGUACAAUAGGGCAAGCUUCUCAGCACUCCUCAUUCGUGAUUUGGAUGGUUAUAAUACCAAACCUCCUAAGUUUCCUUACUGGGCUGCUAAUGACAUGGUGACAUCAUGCUGGUUAUUUUAAGGGUUUUUUUUUUCACUGGUGAGUUGCAUCCCUAAGUGUGGCUGUAUAUGAGUAAAUUAUACACUCACUUAAAUACAUCUUGAUUAUACACUUUCGCUCUUUCUCAAAUAAUUAUAAAUAAGUAUUUCCAAAUUAUUUCUUAGAUUUUUCUAUUUCUGUAUCAGUGUUGCAAACACAUUUAUAUGAUGGUGCAUUAUGUUAAAAUGUAUCAGAAUGUCACCUUAACACCUAACUUGUGAAGGAUGAAUGAAUACAUUGGUAAAAACUACUGCUUUUAUAUUUUGGUGCAUAUUGUAAGUUAUAUGAUUACAGCUAUUUUUUUUCUUUUUGGAAUUGUGGUGUCAUCAUUUUUUCAGUGUUUAUUCUUUGAUAACUUGAUAAUAACUGUCAGACAUAAUCAGAAAUCUCCAUAACAAGCUAAUGUGUAACUGCUUUGACAAAUGUGUGAGAACAAGCAUGACCCUGUCUGUAGCAUGACUGUUUACAUGUACGAAAUGAAUGCUGUAGUUUUGCAAAUCAACAAGUCCCGAGCUGCGUUGAUUAUACCAUUUAAUAACCUUAACUGUAGAUGACAGUUACAUAUUAUCUACAUUUGGCACUUGGGGACAACCAUUAACCAACAUGUCCAAAUGCUUUACAUCAGUAAUAAGGUACCCCCUAAGUGAGUUUACGCUGCAUUGACAGCUCACAUGUUGCAUGUAUGCGUGGGAGUAAAACAGUACUCCGGCCAUGUAAGCAGCUGGAUAUGUACUUGGCCAAUCUUACUGGUCAGUUGCUGUACAUCGGUAACAUUCCAUUAGAACAGUAAGUAUCUGCACGGACAUUGUAGGUUGCCCCUACAAGUUGUGAACAGAAAAUUAAUUUGAUUAUUGUAUAAAAUGAUAAAGCAUGAAUUUCUAAAUUAACUUUUGAAAUCACUAUUUUACAAGACAUUCAUGUAGAUUUUUCAGGCAUGAAUUGAUAAUAUUCGAUCUUCCUUUGCGUUGUUUACUAAAGUAUACUUGUACCGAGAGCACAUGGAAAUGCUAACACUUAGAAACCCAUGCUUUCAAUUGACCAUAUUUGAUACAAUGUGAUACUUUAAAGUGUUGAGUUGAAAAGUACAAGUAACUAUCUAAAAAGGAUAUGUAGUACCUGCAUGUUUUAAUAGAAAUUUCCAUGUGACAUCUUUCAUGUAGAGCAAUGCGUUGGGAGGAGUUUGGGGAAGGAUGGUGGGAAAACUAUUAUUCUAGUGUACCAAUCUUGUUUGUAGACAUGCCUGCCUGCUCCUGGUCAGCUCUGGCUUCAGACUGAUCAGAAUACCAUGUGCUCUCCUCUAUUAUAGCAGGCUGUCACCCGUGGCUGCUGAGUGACAUCACCUAUGACCCACUGCUGCGUCACUGAAUGUAUAUCAAUGACCUGCAUUGGCAGGGUGAAGUGAACCUAAGCAGAACGCGCCCUCCAUCUAUGAAGGGAGACAACUGAGCACUAGUCUAGUAGUCCAUGUAUACAGCACUCUGUCUUUCAUAAACCAUGCAUAAUACACCAUUAGGCUGUUAUUAGCUUUCCAAGAAACACUUUCUAAAAAUUGGGAUCUUAGUGUAGAAAUCAUUUUGUAUAUGGUUACAAAAUUAGCCUACCUUUUUGUGAUUUGGGACAACAAAGGAACUUGGAUUGGAUCACUAAUGACAUUCCUGAAGCAGAGGAAAAUUUGAAUGUAGUCAGUCUGAAUUGAUGUAGUCAUCCUGUUUGUCCAUAGUGUUAAGCAUUAUGGGAUUUCAUAUGUAUCCUUUAGAUCUAAGUUCUGUAUGAAAUUCAAAAUAUUAAGAGUUAACCACAAAUAAUAUGGUUUUAAACAAAUAGAUAA